AUGGGUCUCAAACAUGCGGAGCAGGCUCUAGAGUUUCCGGAAAACUGUAGCCACUGCCUGGCGUUGCCUAAAAAACUCCGCCGCCGGAGGCUCAAGGUCGCCGCUACCCAGUGCACCGACCUCGAACUCUCCGACUCCGAUGGGGGUAACGGUGAUGACGACGCGCUCCUGGUUUCCUGCCGGGGCGCGGCCUCGCUCAGCUGGGCUGAUCAACACAACCCGGAAUUUCCUGAGGAGAUUCUCUCAGUGGACCCCUCGUUCGCCAAUGAGCCGGCUGGUUCUGGUGACUACGACGAUGCGGGCCUUCUUGAAGGUUCGGAGGACGAGGAUGCCAACCCGUCUUCUGUGACUCAGGCUAACGCACCUGCAGCCCUCACCCAGUCUGUCCUCAUCGAGGUUUGUGAGCGAGCGGCCGCUCGCCUCAAUAUCGAAUGGCCAGCUUUACAAAGUGCCACUGACCAAGAGAGGGACGUGUAUGACGGGAAACUCCUGGGACCCCCUCCAGGCUCGAGAAAACAACUUCUCCCCGUCCUUCCUGCAUGCGCAAAGCAUAUGAGGUACUUUUGGGGGGACCCGCUGGACCUAAAACACGGUCUCGCGGGCCUUGAAGUAAAGGACAUGACGGCCCUUGGGAUGGGUGACCCCCCGCCAUCGAGCCCUCUGUCGCCAGACACCUUAAUCCAUCUCAAGGUGGUCUACUUGCCCCCCAAACCUGUUCUCCCGAACAAAAUGGACCGGUUUUCUGCCUCUAUACACCAGGCCUCUUACAAAGCCUCGGCCUUGGCCGUCAGAGCCCUCAAUGUCUCCUCUCUUCUGUCUGCAUACCAGGCUGAACUCCUGGUCGAUAUGGGGCAACAAUUGGAAAAAGGGACCCCCACACCCUCUCUGUGGAAGGAGAUUGUUACGGUGAAUGACCUUGUUCUCCGUAAUGCCCGUCAGGCCGUCCAAGCCUGCGGGCGCUCUAUGGCGUUCUCAGUGGCUGGAGAACGUGCUCUUUGGCUUAACUUGUCGGGCCUCCCUGACAGUGAGAAACGGCGCAUUGCGGGUGCCCCUGUAGAGCCUGGCCAGGCUCUAUUUGGCCCUGCCGUCGCUUUAAUGCAACAGCGUUGCGACGACAAGAGGAAGGAGGACGAAGCGCUAAAAUUAUGCCUCCCGAGGAGAGCGGCACCGCGCCAGGCACCACCCGCGCGACCACCCAACCCUCCUGCUUCGGGCGUCCUUUCCAUUACCCCGCCCAUAUCAGGGAACUUCCAUGUGCUGGAAGUGUUUACAGUGAGAAACAAUGGCGCCAUUGUAUUUCAAAUGAGCAACUCGGGCAUAAACGCAGCAAUAAGCGCUUCCCCGGCUCAAGUGGGCUCACUUGCGAGCCACACAACAGCUUGGCAGGCUGUGUCGGCUCCCGAGUGGGUGAUUCGAACCAUAACGAAAGGGUACAGGCUCCAGUUUGCCAGGAGACCUCCACCUUUCGGCGGCGUUAUCUUUUCUCACACAGAAAAGAGCGCUGCACACAUUCUGAAAGAAGAAACCUCCCUCCUCGUGAAGGGGGCGAUUCAAGUAGUACCCCGAGAUCAAUGCAAUCAGGGGUUUUACUCCCGUUAUUUCCUAGUUCCAAAGAAGGACGGCUCUCUCCGUCCUAUUAUGGAUCUCAGAGUGUUAAACAAACAUUUGAGGAAAUACAAUUUCAGAAUGUUAACACACGGCACACUCGCGCGCUCAAUUCAUCAGAACGACUGGUUCACAUCAGUCGAUCUGAAAGAUGCCUUUUUCCACAUCAAUAUGUACGCCCCGCACAGGAAAUUUCUUCGCUUUGCCUAUCAGGGCAUAUGCUACGAAUUCACAGUCCUCCCUUUCGGCCUCUCGCUGAGUCCGAGGGUGUUCUGUCUAUGUGCGGAAGCGGGCUUAGCGCCGCUGAGAAUAACGGGUCUCAGGAUCCUAACAUACAUAGACGAUUGGUUAAUCAUAGCCAAUUCCAGGGAAGAGGUGGUGCAAGACACUCGCCGUGUGCUCACGCACAUCACAUCACUCGGGUUCAGAGUGAAUGUGAGCAAGAGCAAUUUCACACCUGCCCAGAGUGUUAUAUUCCUGGGUCUGGAGCUGAAUUCAAUCUCAAUGCGCGCGCGCCUUUCACAAGAACGCGUUCGCUCUCUAAUGAAUUGUCUAUCACAAUUCAAGGAGGGGACGAAUGUGCCAUAUCGCAAGUGUCUCAGAUUACAGGGUCUUAUGGCAUCAGCUAUUCAAGUUUUGCCUUUGGGCCUUCUGCGUAUGAGGGCAUUCAUGAAGUGGGUUUUAUCCCUCCACUUCAGCCCAUUACGCGACCUCUGCCGCUCUGUCACAGUGACGCGCUCGUGCACAGCAGCCUUGCGCCACUGGAGGAGUGCAGACAUGUACGCACAUGGGACCCCUCUCGGGGCUGUUGUGUUGCGAAAAGUGGUAACGACAGACGCGUCCUUAACAGGCUGGGGAGCCACUCAGGAGGGCAGGACGGUGAACGGUUCGUGGCCGAGCGAACUUCGUUCAGCCCACAUAAAUUAUCUGGAGCUUAUGACCGUAUGGAAAGCUCUGAAUCAUUUUCUUCCCCGUCUGCAGGGGCAUCAUGUGCUCGUUCGCUGCGACAAUACCACUGCAGUGGCUCACAUCAAUCGCCAGGGCGGCAUGCGCUCGCCCAAGCUUCAUGCCCUAGCUCACAGGCUUUUGGUGUGGAGCAGGCGGCACUUCCUGUCGUUACGCGCAACCCAUGUUCCAGGUGUCCUGAACAGGGGCGCGGACCUUCUGUCGAGGGGGAACCCGCUCUACGGAGACUGGCGACUCCACCCCCAGAUAGUGGGCAUGUUGUGGGAGAAAUUCGGGAAGGCGAACGUAGAUCUCUUCGCCUCGCGCGAAAACUCCCACUGUCCUAUGUUCUUCUCGCUAAAGGACGAGGACGCGCCCCUCAGCGUGGACGCACUUGCCCACCCGUGGCCCAAAGUGCUGCUCUACGCGUUUCCCCCCCUGUGCCUGUUAAUUCCUACCCUGGCCAGGGUGAGAGAGCAGGGCCUGUCCCUAAUUUUGAUAGCACCCAGGUGGCCCAAGGCACCAUGGUUGGCAGAGAUAAUUCCUCUUCUGCAUGCCCAACCGUGGCCCCUCCCUCUUCGCACAGACCUGCUGUCUCAGGCGAACGGGGAAAUAUAUCACCCACACCCGGACAGGGUGGCUCUGUGGGCUUGGCCCGUGAGAGGACAAACUUAA